AUGUCCAGAAAACUUGUAACAUUGAUUUAUGCUGCUCUUUUAUCACUCGCCUUGACAACUGCAGCUCCAGUAUUAGAAAAACGUGGUGACAACAAUGGCAAUGGUAAUGGAAAUGGAAACGUCGGAUCGUUCAAUGGUAAUAACAAUGGAAAUAAUAAUUAUGGGUCUGGUAAUGGCAACGCGAACGGCAAUUUAAAUUACGGCUCAUUCAAUGGAAAUAAUAACGGAAAUGAUAAUUAUGGAUCUAAUAAUGGAAAUGCGAACGGUAAUUUAAACGACGGCUCAUUUAAUGGAAAUAAUAACGGAAAUUGGAAUUGGGGAUCUGGCAAUGGCAACGCAAAUGGUAAUUUAAAUUACGGUUCAUACAAUGGAAAUAAUAACGGAAAUUUCAAUUUGGGAUUUAAUAAUGGCAACGCCAAUGGUAAUGCAAACUAUGGUUCAUACAAUGGAAAUAAUAACGGAAAUUGGAAUUGGGGAUUUGCUAAUGGCAACGGCAAUGGUAACGACAACCAUUGA